AUGCCUCAGCUGGACGUGGAGAAGACAAUCGAAGAGCUUAGGCUCGGAGAGAAGAUUGACCUGGUUGCUGGAAUUGAUUUCUGGCACACCGCAUCCGUUCCUCGACUAAAUAUCCCAAGCCUCCGCAUGUCCGAUGGGCCCAACGGAGUUCGUGGAACACGAUUCUUCAACGGAGUUCCUGCUGCAUGUUUCCCAUGCGCCACGGCCCUGGGAGCAACCUGGGACACCGAAUUGCUCCACAAGAUCGGCCAUCUCAUGGGAGACGAAGCCAUUGCCAAGGGCUCCCACGUUAUUCUAGGUCCCACAAUAAACACACAGCGCUCUCCGCUAGGUGGCCGAGGCUUUGAAUCUUAUGCUGAAGAUGGCGUUCUUUCCGGCCUAUUGGCUGGUUAUUGUUCCAAAGGUAUCCAGGAUAAGGGUGUUGCGGCGUGCCUUAAGCACUUUGUGUGCAAUGACCAAGAACACGAGCGGUUGGCCGUUGAUUCUAUUGUUACUGACCGUGCUACCCGCGAGAUUUACCUCAUGCCGUUCCACAUUGCAAUGAGAAUCUGCCAGACGGCAACCGUUAUGACAGCUUAUAACAAGGUCAAUGGCACCCACGUUAGUGAGAAUAAGAAACUCAUUACAGACAUUCUUCGCAAGGAAUGGGGCUGGGACGGUUUGGUUAUGAGUGACUGGUUUGGAACAUACAGUACUUCAGAGUCUAUCAAUGCCGGUCUCGACGUCGAGAUGCCAGGAAAGACACGCUGGAGAGGAGAUGCUCUGGCACAUGCUGUAUCAUCGAAGAAAGUCAACGAGUUUGUCCUAGACGAGCGUGUACGCAACGUUCUGAACCUUGUGAACUACGUUGAGCCGCUUGGAAUCCCAGAAAAUGCGGAGGAGAAGGUCUUGAACCGCCCUGAAGACCAAGCUCUGCUGCGAAAGGUUGCAGCUGAAUCCGUUGUGCUCAUGAAGAACGACGACAACAUCCUACCGCUCAACAAGGAGAAGUCCAUUGCUGUCAUUGGACCAAACGCCAAGAUUGCCGCCUACUGUGGAGGUGGCUCUGCGUCUCUCGAUGCCUACUACACUGUUACGCCUUUUGAGGGUGUGACUGCUCAGAGCAAGGGCGAAGUCCAGUUCGCUCAGGGAGCGUACUCCCACAAGGAUCUACCCUUAAUCGGACACCUCCUUAAGACAGACGAUGGCAAAACUGGUUUCAAGUUCCGUGUUUAUGACGAGCCCGCAUCCAGCGCCAAGAGAGAGCUCCUCCAUGAGUUACACCUUGUCUCAUCGAUUGGAUUCCUCAUGGACUACAGACACCCAAAGAUCAAGUCCUUCCUCUACUAUGUUGAUAUGGAAGGGUACUUCACUCCCGAAGAGGAUGGGAUCUAUGACUUUGGCGUCGUUGUUGUCGGCACCGGCAAGCUCCUAGUUGAUGAUGAAGUCGUCGUUGACAACACCAAGAACCAACGCCUCGGAUCCGCCUUCUUCGGCAGCGGAACCGUUGAGGAGAAAGGCUCAAAGCAGCUCAAGGCAGGUCAGACUUACAAGAUCACUCUCCAAUUCGGCACCGCCCCAACUUCCGAUAUUGACACUCGCGGGGUGGUCAUCUUCGGCCCUGGAGGCUUCCGUUUCGGCGCUGCCCGCCGCACCACUCAAGAGGAGCUCGUCACCAAAGCCGUGGAGUUGGCCUCCAAGGCUGACCAAGUCGUCCUCUUCGCCGGAUUAACCAGUGAAUGGGAAACAGAAGGCUACGACAGACCAGACAUGGACCUUCCCCCCGGCUCAGACGACCUGAUCUCCAAGGUCCUCGACGUCAACCCCAACGCGGUCAUCGUCAUUCAGAGCGGCACCCCUGUAACCAUGCCAUGGGCCAACAAAGCUAAGGCACUUCUCCAUGCCUGGUUCGGCGGCAACGAAUGCGGCAACGGUAUCGCCGACGUCCUCUACGGCGCCAUCAACCCCUCUGGCAAGCUCCCCGUCAGCUUCCCCGUCCGCCUUCAGGAUAACCCCAGCUAUCUGAACUUCCGCUCCGAGCGCGGCCGUGUCCUCUACGGUGAAGACAUCUACGUCGGAUACCGCUACUACGACAAAGUCAACCUACCAACCCUUUUUCCCUUUGGCCACGGCCUCUCCUACACAUCCUUCGCUCGCGAAAACCUCACUCUAGCCACAACUCCCGAGAAACCGAAGCUCGAAGACGGCGAGCCUAUCACCGCCACCGUGACGGUCACCAAUACCGGCAAGGUCGCCGGCGCUGAGACAGUGCAGCUCUGGGUCCUCCCUCCCCCGACUGAAGUCAACCGCCCCGUCCGAGAACUCAAGGGCUUUGCCAAGGUUCGCUUGGAACCGGGGGAGCAGAAGAAGGUGGAUAUCGUGGUUGAGAAGAAGCUAGCGACUAGCUGGUAUGAUGAGAAGCGCGAGGCUUGGGCGUCUGAGAAGGGCGAGUAUGAGGUGCAGGUUACGGGAACUGGCGGGAGUGUUUUGACCUCGUCGUUUACGGUGGAGAAAACAAGGUUCUGGACUGGGUUGUAA